AUGCACUUGGGUAGUCCGUACCAAUUGGCAUUGUCUGUGGGCACAUUCGUGACCGGCAGUCAAUACGUGGUAUCCCUGAGACGAAGACCUAAGCAGGGUGCGGUAAUACCAUGGGAGAGGCAGCCCAAGACCAUAUCCGCCUCGUGGGUUGUGGAUAUCCGCAUUCAGGCUGUACCACAACAUGCAGACACAUCACCCGCUGCUCAGCCACGCCCUACGUCACCUUUCCUCGCAACGAGCUCUUGGCAUACAACACCACUGCCAUGGAGAGCAAGCGAGAACCUACCAGCCAAGUUUAAGGACCUUGUGCCAUUGGAUCAUAAGAAAGGUUGGGGAAAAGCAAAGCGAAGGGACGUCUGCUGGCUCGUUGUUAUUACCUUGUUGAACCAAACCCCCGGUGACUCUGCCCAGUCCUUCCAAGUUGUUAUCCAAGUCAUCACAAAACAACAAGCUUCGUCACCUAGGUAUCAAUUGAUCAUAUAUCCUAAUCUUUCGGCGCCUUUGAAACUUUCGCAACAUCCGAAUCUUGUGCUGACGUUGCCUCUAGCAAACCCCACAAACCAUCAAAACGAAACCAUGCCCUUCUUCUAUUCCAAGCCCAUCGGCGGCCGCAACUUCGGCACCAGCGUCCAUGCAGACCGUCAUGGCGUUCGUCGUGGUCCUUGGCGCUUCCGCAUCGGCCGCUUCCAAUGCUUCAGAUAG